GAAUUUUGGAAAAGCUAAUAUAGUUAAAAAUUUUCGAUUUCAACACACUGAUAUCCCUACUUCAAAAUAGCCGACUGAUUUAUUUAUUUACUUCUCUAUAUUAGCUGUAUAAAAUGUUAUCAGUAUUCAUUUUGUAUACUUGGGGACAGUCUAUCUUGUUCUGAAGAACAUUCAAGGGGUAGUUACGUAUUUAAAUUUAACAAAUGAAUAUAUCUCUAUUUGGUAUGGUUCAUUUCUUAAAUAAAUAUAGAAAUCAAGUGUUUCAUUUGUGCAGAUUUAAAGCUGAUGUUUUUCUGUAUACAAUACCUAUAAGUAUAUUUUAGUAAAAUUUGAAUUGUUCUGCAGUUUUUUUUUUUUUUAGAAAUAAAAGUAUGGAAAAUCGUUGCUCUAAUAAUAUUGUAUGGUUUGAUGGAGAGAGAACUGUUGCACACACAAGUUUUUUGUGAACUUUUGAAAUGAUUAAUCAUUUAACUCAAAAUAUGACUGGCCUAGAUGCUGAUAAACAUACAUUAAUAGAAGCUGCUGUAAUAGUGACAGAUGGUCAAUUGAAUAUUUUAGCUGAAGGACCAAAUAUAAUAAUUAAACAUCCUGAUGAAGUUUUAGAUAAUAUGGAAGAAUGGCCAAAAAAUCAUCAUGCCAUGAGUGGUUUAACUGAAAGUUGUAAAAAGAGUAAAAUUACAUUGGAGCAAGCUGAUCAGAUAUUAUAUGAUUUUAUUGAUCCCUUUACUAUAAAAGGAAAAUGUGCUCUUGCAGGCAAUUCUAUCUAUAUGGACAGAAUUUUUAUUCGAAAGUAUUUACCUAAGUUUGAAAACCAAUUGUCUUAUAGAUUAAUUGAUGUAUCAACUUUAAAAGAACUUUUGAAACGUUGGGACCCUAAGUUCAUUGAUAUGGCACCUAAGAAAACUAUGAAACACAGAGCUUUAGAUGAUAUCAGAGAAAGUUUAAAUGAACUCAGUUUUUAUAAAAAAUAUUUAAAACUUUAAUAAAUAUUAUUUAAGUUUAUGGAAAAUAUAAUAUAAAUACUAUGUUUAAACAAAAACAUCUAAAUAUGCUUUCAAUCUUCUUAUGAGUUAUUUAAAAAUAAUCAGUUUUUUAAUAAAUAUAACAUUUAAAAACAAAAUAACUUAAUUAAUUAAUUACUUUACACAAUUAAAUAUCAAUAUUAACAUAGACAUGUUUUUAAAUUAAGUGCCUUGCUUAAACUUAAAGAAAAAUGGCUGAAACCUAGAUUAUCAAGUGUUACAUAAUAUACUGGUAGAAGAACAACUCAGGUUCCAUAAAAUAAAGUAUAUUGAAACUAACUUAUACUAUGGCUUUUUUAAGUAUUUGUUUCUUUAUACAUCACAACACAAUUUUAUAAAAAAAAAAUUUUUAAACUUAUAACAUAAAUUAAGUACACAUAGAUAUGUUACACCGUACAUGAUUUUGGCAGUUCAAUUUUUAUCAUGAAUGACACAGAGAAACUAUGCGCUAAAUGUAAGCAAUUAUAGCGAUGGAUAGCAUACAUUUUGAGUGAUUCUAUUGAAAUAUAUGUGGUAUUUUUAAUUUUUUAAUUAUCAUUACAUGAAUGUAUAUAUAUUAUUAAACAGUGUUUGUUAUACACAUUAAUUGCAUUUUGUGAUAUAAUGUAAAGUUUUUUACGAUUUUAA